GCUGUCUCUUCUGUAGUUCCAUCAUUACUCGGAGUGUUUCUCUAGCUUGAUGUGGACGAUAUUCGUUUAAGAGAUGAUGAAUGUGUACAAAAAGUAAUGUCAAAUCCUCAAUUUUCUCCGUUCUCCGUGAUGAGUCUGGCGAGUUGAUUAAAAGAUCCAGUAGAUCCAGAAAAUUGACAAAUAAUGAAUGGUUUAACUUCUUGAGCUCCUUUUUUCGUUCAAAAUGCUGUGGAUAUAAGCGUCGUAUCUGUUGACUCUCAAGUGGCCUUAUUAUUGUGUCAUCAUUUGUAAAAGUAUUCCCAAACAUCGAGUAACUUUCAAUCUUUUCAUGGUUUGGUGCCUUUGGUGCAAGGUUUUUUGAUACAUUUUCAUUUGUAUAGAGUUUAAUGUACUGCGUUGGAGGUAGUGGAUAAGAACUGAUUACUUGGGCUUCAGGAUUAGCCAUAUUUUAAAGUUAAUUUUAAUGAACUUAGCUCUUGAACUGUUUACUUUAUUAUGUUCUAAAAUUUGACAAUUUUGAUUGAAAAGAGUUCGAAAAUCGUAUAUUCGAAUUUUCGAUAUUAAAGUUCCCGCAUUUAUAUUCGCACAGUGAAAAAGUUAAAUUAAUUAAAUUAAACGUGAUUUAAGGCAAUAACAGCAAUCAAAACAGUCAGGAAUUGAAGUACGAUAUUAAGAAGACAUAAGCAGGUAGAUUAAAGCAUAAAAACAUAAGUGAGAAAGUUUGUGACGGUGUGAAUAUAUGAUAUCGACUAAAAGUGUUGUCAGUGUUCGUGCCUGCAUAUUUAUUCAGUUCAGCAAAAUCAUUUAAAGAAUUAAGACGUGAAAAUUUGUGCUCGCAGAAUUAAAAGACGCCAUUUUGAAAAAAUAAAUUUAAACUACGGAAAAUUAAGUAUUAGUUUUGUGAUAUUAAAUGAAGACUGUGCUAAAUACGAAUCAACUUGAGAAGUGAGGAAGAUAAAAGUACGCUGAAUUAUCACAGAAAACAACAAAAAAAAAAUAUUUUCCGUUUAAUUGAAUACAAAAUAAAACAGAAAUAAUACCAUAAAAGAUCAUCAACAAUGGAUGAUGAUCAACAAUUUUGUCUCCGAUGGAAUAAUCAUCAGAGCACGCUAAUAUCAGUGUUUGAUACAUUAUUGGAAAAUGGAACACUAGUUGACUGCACACUAGCAGCAGAAGGAAAAUUUUUAAAAGCACAUAAAGUCGUCUUAUCAGCCUGUAGUCCAUAUUUUGCUGCUUUAUUAUCACAACAGUAUGAUAAGCAUCCAAUUUUCAUCCUUAAGGAUGUUAAAUUUCAAGAAUUGCGUGCCAUGAUGGAUUACAUGUAUCGAGGAGAAGUGAAUAUUUCUCAAGAUCAGUUGGCAGCUUUACUUAAGGCAGCCGAAUCUUUACAAAUCAAAGGUCUCUCUGACAGCCGAGGAGGAGGAAAUAAUAAUUCCACUAAUACACCAUCUCAAGCACAUAAAAGUGAUGUGAAACAACAUAUACCUGUACCACCAAAGGCUUCAGGCUUAACCAUAGAAAACAAAAGACCGCUUUUGAGAACAGAUUUUGAUGCAGACGUGUCAGGCUCUCGAGAAGGUUCCGUUUCACCAUCAACACGUAAGCGCAAAAAAGUAAAUCAACGUCGUAAGAGCUUGGCUGAAACAAAUAAUUUAUUAGAUAAUCAUGACCAGCACUCAAAUUCCUCAUCACAUUCUAAUAAUCAGCAACAACAACAAUUAUCAACCUCCGCUACCUCUGCACCUACAAACAAUUUGUCCGUUACCAACAAUAAAAAGACUGAACAAGACGGAAAUAAUCAGGAGCACGAUGAAGAAAUUGCACAUAAUACAAAGCGUUUAAAACAAACAACUGAUGAUUCGGACAAUAAUAAGCAGGAUUCGGAGUUAAUGAUUGAACCUAAAAAUGAAUACGAUGACGAUGAUGAGGAUGAUGAUAAUGUUGAGGAUUUGACAAUGGAUGAUGAAAUGCUGGAAGAUUUAGACCAAGCUGGACCGAGUCACGGUGGAGAAGGCUCUAGUCAAGGAUAUCACUGGCAAAUGGAUGGAAGAAAUCAGGAGAGUCAGGAGGGAAGCGGACAACAUAGAGACGCACAAGCUAACGAAGAAAAUUUAACCUGUGUACCGGAAAUUUUUGCAAAAAUUAAGCAAGACGAAAACACACAAUCAGAACGCUUUCCAUGUCCAGUAUGUGGUAAAAGUUAUUUGCGACGUAGACAUUUACAAAGGCACAUGAGAGAUGAAUGUGUCAAUAUACCUCCUCGCUUUCACUGCGAAAUGUGCCCCUCGAAAUUUCGUAGAAAAUAUCACCUUGUACGGCAUUUGAGCUCAAAGCAUGGAAUAAUUGUACCUCCAACACCGCCAACGGUUAAAUCGGCACAUGCUAAAGUGACAGUAAAACAGGAACCUUCAGAUAGUAAAGAACUUACCAUGACUAAUUUACUAAUGAAUAAUUUCGACAAGUUCUCCGUCGAAGCGUUAAUGAUGAAACAGGAUAAUAAUUAUCCUUCGCCAUUAUCUGGACAGGAAUUUUCACCGUUAAACGACACGGACGUAUCUAUGGCUCAAUUAGGAUUACAACAAACGUUCCAAAACCUAAAGAAUUUAUUUGUAAAUUAUUCCCUCAAUAAUGUCUCUAAUUAA